UGUGGGUAUAACCUCCCUAAUGUCUUGACACAAAUAUAUAGGUAAGAAUGAACCAGCUUUGAUCUCGUCAUGUAUGAUCCUUUUAAUUCGGGAAUGUUCUGUGUGUUCGCAUGAUAUAGAUGCUGGAUCCAAUACAAUGGCCUCAAAUUGUGGACUUCUGGUCAAGCAGGCGAUUAUGCUGCUUGACAAUUUUGACCCUAGAAAACAAUGUCUGGAUUACUUCAUAGAAGAUGCAACAAACGCUAUGGAGAAUAUCAAUGAUCUGGAUAAGACGUUCAUCCUUGACAUUUUCUCGGGCUGUAUGGAAUUUAAAAAGCUGCUGGACGUAGUCGUUAAACGGUUCUAUGAUCAACACGGACACUGCUUAAGGAGAGGAGAUCGAAGCCAGUAUGUUGUUAUCUGUUACCUGGCCACCUUCUGUCUGGAUGACCUAGGACUCAAACGCUUUGGAAACAUUGUCAAAUCUCUGGACUUAAAAAAGAUACAGAAACUCGUGAGUUUCUUCUUCAAUGUCACAAACCUAACUACCUGGAUCCAAGGGGAGUGGAUUCAGAUAUAUGACGCUUCUCAUGUAGAAACCAACUGGAUUACGCCAUUGCUAAGGUGGUGCCCGGAGAUCGACGUCCUUAUGGAAAAGCUUAGCGUUGAAAUGUCCUGCAAGGGUCAGGCGAAGGGUGCUUCGGCGAGAACCACGGUGCCUCAGGAGUUCUGCCUUACCCAGCCUAAGCCCCGGGCUCUGCCGAUGCCGGAGCCCAUUCCACAACAAGAAAAACACCCACCUGUUCCAAAUAGUACUUACAGGGCUCCAAACGAAGUUACAGAGACUAACAACUACCCUAUGAAGCUCAACAACACAGCCAUCUUGCGGAGAGCAGCCCUGUACAACCACAAAGUGGAGCAGGAACUGAAAAGACUGGAGCGCCUGGUGGAGGGGCAGCAUGAGCCCUCCUCCUUCCUGCGCUGGCAGAAGGAGAUGCAGGAUCGGGACCUCCAGGGGCAGCAGGCCCAGCUGGAGUGCCGGCGCCUGGAGGGACGCAUCAGCCACACCAAGGGGGCCACAGCCCGCGGCCACCUCAUGGAGCGCAACCAGAGGACCGCCCAGCUGCAGAAAGAAGAGUCCACGCAGCUGCUGCAGAAACAGGCCGAGAAGAGGCUGCGGGAGGAGACGGAGACCAGGGAGCUGAGGCAGGCGGUGUCCGAUGGACACAAGAACUCCAAGGCGGCCAUGGCAAGACUGCAGGAGAAGAAGCAGGACAUCGUGAAAGAAGUCUCACAGCAGAAGCAGGAGCUCCUCCGGCAGGCGAUGGAGCAGGAGCAGGAGGAGCUCUUCAGGCAGUUCAACCUCAUCCAGGAGACCCGAGCCAUCGAGUCUGUGCGUCCCAUCAGACACAAGUUUGUGGACGAGACGGAGACGGCGGGUCACGGCCUGCUGGGGGAGAUGUCCCCGGCGGAGCUGAGGGCGCGGCUGUCCCUCCAGAGGGAGGCCGAGGGCCGCGAGCGGGGCCAGAGACGGGAGCGGAUCCUGGGGGAGAAGCGGGACAAGGAGCAGCUGCUGCAGGAGCACCUGGAGGCCAUCGACCUCCACAGCAAGGCCCUGGCGCAGGCCACCGCACUCAGGAAGGAGGAGAAGAAGGAGAAGAUGUCGAGACAGAGUGCUCUGCAGCAGACGGUGCUCGAGGAUGAGAGGGUGCGGGCGCUGCAGAAGGUCCUGCAGGAGAAACAGAAGGAACGGCAGAGGCUGAGACCAAGUGCGGGCGUCAGGCCAAAAGUGACCGAGGGGGCGUCUAACGUGAAGAAUAGCCAAUACCAGCAGGAAAAACCGGAGGAAGAACGCUGGGCUGAGCUAGAGAGAAGCUUAGAGCGGCAGUUACAGAAGAUGCACAUCAAAUGAAAUGAAUAAAAAAAACAGCAUGGACGUUUUCCCUGCUAUUUAAGUUCAAUGUUAUUAUUAUUAUGUUGUUAUAAUUGUAUUCGUAUCAGUUAUCAGGAAUUAAGGAAUACUUUUGUUUCUGUAUU